UUUGUGUUUGCCAAGCCGAUGAGAGAAAGGAAUUGCGUGACAAUGUUGGAUCCGUUCCAUAUGAAGUAUGGAAAAGUACUAGCAGUCGGGCUGUGCCUCUUUGCACUUAUUGCUGAUCUGGUCUGGAUACCUACAAUACUAAUCGGUUUAGGUGCAACCAUGAGUGUGAUCCUGGAUAUGCCUUAUACUGCGUGCGUCUGGAUCUCUGCUGCUGUGGUCAUUAUCUACACACUGCUGGGAGGUCUCUACUCUGUGGCCUAUACAGAUGUUAUACAGCUCAUCCUCAUAUUCAUCAGCUUGUGGGUUUGUGUUCCCUUUGUCCUGAUGAGCCCUCACACACACGACAUCACCCAGACACUGAUGAACAACACUUUACACGCUCCCUGGAUUGGUCUAACGGAGCUGAAGAGGGCAUGGAUAAUGGCUGAUGAUGUCUUAUUCUUGGCACUGGGGAGUCUGGGAUAUCAGUGCGUCCACCAGAGAACCUUGUCGUCUUCUUCGUUGGCCACAGCCAAGAUCUCAUGCUUCGUUGCUGCUUUCUUCUUACUUAUAUUUGGGAUACCUCCUAUACUGCUUGGGGCUGCCGUUUCGUCUACAGACUGGAACCUGACCUCCUAUGGUUCUCCAUCUCCAUACGAACGUGGACAGGCAGCUCAUAUCCUGCCCAUCGCCCUGCAACACCUCACUCCAUACUACAUCUCCAUUAUUGGUAUCGGAUGUGUGGCCGCCGCCGCGAUGUCGUCAGCUGACUCUGCUUUGCUUUCUGCAGCUUCUCUCUUCACCUCAGGCAUAUACAAGAGAACACUGAGACCUCAGGCAUCAGAAAAAGAGAUUCGGAAUGUGAUCCGUGCCGCUGUGAUCGUAGUAGGCUUGAUUGGUACGUUGCUCACCAGCACGAGCAACAGCAUCAUAUUGUUCUGGUUCAUCGGCGCCGAAGUGGCCUACAACGUGAUCUUCCCUCAACUCGUCUGCGUCCUCUUCUUCAGCAUCUCCAACAGUUAUGGAGCUAUUGUGGGCUGGGUGAUUGGGUUGGUGAUUAGACUGCUGAGUGGAGCUCCAUCAUUGGGACUUCCCGUAACCCUCUGCUUCCCAGGAUGCGCUCUCGAGGACGGCGUUUAUGUCCAGUACGCUCCAAUUAAGACCAUCUCCAUGCUGUCCGCCUUCACUGGCAUUGUGUUCUUCUCCUAUUUGGCUUCUCUGCUCUUCAACAAAGGCCUGCUUCCUGAGAAGUUGGACGUGUUCAAAGUGAAAGUCCAACGAUCACCACAGCCACUAACUCCAAUGGGUGGCUCAGCAGAACACAAUAAGAAUGAAUAUUUGGAUAAAGACACCCGGUCCCAGUUACCUGCCCAAGACUUCGCCCCAGUUCACCAACUUUCCACCCCCAGGGUCCCAGUUACCUACCCAAGCCCUUCCCCUAGUUCUCCAACUUUCUGCCCCCAGGGUCCCAGUUACCUGCCCAAGACCUCGUCCCAUUUCCCCAACUUUUUGCCCCCAGGGGUCCGAGUUACCUGCCCAAGCCCUUCCCCUAGUUCUCCAACUUUCUGUCCCCAGGGUCCCAGCUACCUGCCCAAGACUUCGCCCCAGUUCACCAACUUUCCACCCCCAGGGUCCCAGUUACCUGCCCAAGACCUCGCCCCAUUUCCCCAACUUUUUGCCCCCAGGGUCUCAGUUACUUGCCCAAGCCCUAGCCCAUUUCCCCAACUUUUCACCCCAAGGGUCCGAGUUACCUGCUCAAACCCUUCCCCUAGUUCUCCAACUUACCACCCCCAGGGUCCCAGUUACCUGACCAAGACCUCGCCCCAUUUCCCCAACUUUCCACCCCCAGGUUCUCCAACUUACCACCCCCAGGGUCCCAGUUACCUGACCAAGACCUCGCCCCAUUUCCCCAACUUUCCACCCCCAGGGUCCCAGUUACUUGCCCAAGCCCUCGCCCCAUUUCCCCAACUUUUUGCCCCCAGGGUCUCAGUUACCUGCCCAAGCCCUAGCCCAUUUCCCCAACUUUUCACCCCUAGGGUCCGAGUUACCUGCUCAAACCCUUCCCCUAGUUCUCCAACUUACCACCCCCAGGGUCCCAGUUACCUGCCCAAGCCCUCGCCCCAUUUCUCCAACUUUCUACCCCCAGGGUCCCAGUUACCUGCCCAAGCCCUUCCCCUAGUUCUCCAACUUUCUGCCCCCAGGGUCCCAGUUACCUGCCCAAGACCUCGCCCCAGUUCUCCAACUUUCUGCCCCCAGGGUCCCAGCCACCUGCCCAAGACCUCGCCCCAGUUCCCCAAUUUUCUGCCCCCAGGGUCCCAGCUACCUGCCCAAGACCUCGCCCCAGUUCCCCAACUUUCUGCCCCCAGGUUCCCAGCUACCUGCCCAAGCCCUCACCCCAUUUCCCCAACUUUCUGCCCCCAGGGUCCCAGUUACCUGAGGUAA